AAGCCCUAAGGCCUCUGUCCGGUCCGGUUCCCACGAGGGCUCAGCUUCACAGUCCAUUCUCAGUCUCAACUCUGCGCCAACGGUGUUGGAUAACCUACACAAAAAUGGAGGAUUUGAAGAAGAGGAAGCUGGAGGAGACCGUCGCCAACUGCGAAUUCUCGUCGGUGGAACAUCUGCGCUCUCUACUGGAACCGCUUCCCAAGCCACAACUCGUCGAUCUCCUCGCCAGACUAGGGUCCCAGUAUCCUUCCAUUGCAGAAGAAAUAAAAAGUGUUGCCAGUGCAGAUCCUGUCAAUCGAAAGCUUUUUGUUCGUGGCUUGGCCUGGAAUACCAGUUCAGAAACAUUGUGUGCUGCAUUUAGCGUGCAUGGUGAAAUUGAAGAAGGAGCUGUUAUCUAUGACAAAGCAACAGGAAAGUCCCGUGGAUAUGGUUUCAUUACUUACAAGCACAUGGAGUCAACUAAAGCUGCUUUAAAAGCUCCUAGCAAAAUUAUUGAGGGUCGCAUGGCUGUCUGCAAUCUGGCUUGCGAGGGUCUAACCGGAUCAAGUACAACGCCAGAUUUAGCACAGAGGAAGCUCUACAUUGGAGGUUUAUCACCAGAUAUUUCAAGUGAAGUGUUGCUGAAUUUCUUCGGAAGGUAUGGUGAUAUAGAAGAAGGUUCGGUUGCUUAUGAUAAGGAUACAAAUGAAUCACGAGGGUUUGGAUUUGUUACCUAUACGACAGUAGAGGCUGCAAAGAAGGCAAUAGAUGAUCCAGACAAGACCUUUGGGGGAAGGAACAUCAUUGUGAAGCUUGCCGAUUCCCACAGGAGCAAGAUGGUGCAGGCUCAAGUAUCCCCAGCCAUUCCUUCCAUGCCAUAUCCAGUAGCAGCGGGAUAUCCUCAACCCGGAAAAUCACACGGCAUUGUUGCCCCUGUUGGCUAUACUUAUCCCCAAGCUCCUGCAUAUCCUGCUUCGUAUCCUAGUCCUACGGCUGCACACGCUUCGUAUGCGGGCCAACCCCAAAUGCCAUACCCUCAUCAAGCGAUUGGAGUGAAAGAGGCUCCCGGACUUCACCCGACUGCACCUGCUGGAAUGGGCGGGUAUCCAUAUUACAUGGCGAAAUAAUAACCUCAAUGUGAUUUAUAAGAGGAACCUAGAGCUUGACUAUGCACCUCUACACAUUGGUUGCUGAGAAUAGGCAAAUCUUAUUGAUUGAAAUGGUAAUUUGGACAUUGAAGGUGCCCAGGUGAGCUUGUGGAUUUAAGUAGAACUCUAUAUUUUUAUACCUUGUCUGUGCAAUAUUAAUGCUACCUAGGAAUAAUGAUAAUGCAUAACUUAGCCUAUUUUUAGGAUUAGAGUUAUUCAAUUCUGAGCAUGGAAAAUAUUGGUGUUAGCUACUCUAACUAAUGAACAGGUGACAAUAUUCUUGAUAUUUCUCUUCGAUCGAUCAUGAUUUUUGAA